CUGUAACCUGGAUACCUUAGAACUUCUCUUCCUUAAACUUCUCUUCCGUCUGCUUCCGCCCUUGACUCCUGCACAUCCGACCGCUAAAUAUGGCGAGUAGGUAUCCCCCCUACAGUUUCGUGUCAGAGCCCCAAAUGAAAAGGCAGAAGAUCAGCGCCGCAUGUAACUUUUGCAAACGAAGGAAGACCAAAUGCGAUGGUAUUCGGCCAGUGUGUGGUCCCUGCUCUAGACGGAAUAAUGGAGCGACAGAGUGUGUGUACAGAACUGAGCAAACUCCUGGCAUGCAACAGAAACACGGCCACAAGGCAGAAAAUUCAGCAAGAGCUUCUCCAUUGAACCGACUUGAUCUCUCCCAUCCCCCAUCGCCUAUCUUUGGCAGUGGACAUUUCUUUUCAACACAUGAGCCUUCAGGCCAAGGGUCGCCCUCCAAUGACGAAUUUUCUCUUCUGCCUAGUGAGAGCCUCGUUGAUGCAUCGACUGGUGCACAUUUCGUGCGUCAGAUUGAGAGUGUAGCGGAGAGUGUAGCGGCAGGCACUCCUCCAUCACGUGACCCAAUGCUCAAACCAGCUAAAUGUCUCCAAAUUCUGCCCAAGUUGCCACUGCUAAUAGAGAACAAACCAUACUACGCGGCUCUCUUUGUUCUUCCCGCUCGAAAGGUGUCUGAUGAACUUGUCAAGAAAUACUGGCUGCACGUUGACCCCAUUUUCCCUUGGCUAGAUCAGAACACGAUCAAUGCCGGGUACGAGAGGAUCUGGGGUGGUAUUGCAUUGGAUGUGAACGAGAAGGCCUUCUACUGCAUCCUCAACUUGAUCUUUGCCACAUCUUCCAAGAUUGCUAGCGCCAAUGAAGUCGACACGCACACCCACACUGCGAAUGUCUAUUACGCAAGAGCUAAACAGCUGAUGUCCUUCAACCUUAUGGAAAUGCAUAGCUUGGAGAUUAUUCAGAUUCUUCUCCUCUCCGCGGUCUAUCUUCAACAUACAAAUUUGGCGAACGAAUUUUUUCAGAGCAUUGGACUAGCUAUUCAAAUUGCCAGGACUAUAGGCUUGCAAUCUCAAGAGUCUUGCCAGCUGCUUACCAAUACAAACGAACAAAUGCUUGCCAAACGAGUGUGGUUUGGUUGUAUCAUCAUGGACAGAAUUGCAGCCAUGACCUUUGGUUCAAAGCCUCAGGUUUGCCAAGAAAUUGUCAAGAAAUCUGCAGUGCCGCCUGCGGCUUCUAAUACUACCGCGCAGGAGGGGCAAAUUCCUCCCUCAGUUGCCAAUGCCGACUUUUAUAGCGCGUUUUGUCAACUUCAUGUUCUACUUGGUGACAUAUUGGAGUGUUUCUACCCACUAAGCGUUGACAAUGCAGGCAUUACACAGACCGAGUCAACACUUACAUCCAAAACCAAUGCAGUUCUGGAUAGCGAGAAUCUCGCCAACUUGUUUCGGAUCGAGUCCGACUUAUCCGCUUGGUACUCGGCUCUUCCAAUUCACCUACGGGUGGAUGUCGGCCGAGGGAGCUCCCGAACAGCCAACGUACUUCAUGCUCGGUUCCUUUGCGUGAGAUUGCUCUGCUUCCGCCCAUUUUUCCUACAGGGAAGAAAGCCAGAGAAAUGGCCCGAAGCGAGCAGCGGCUCUCUUGAGGAGCAAGUCAUUCAUGCAGUAGUCAAAAACUGCCAAACUAAAUGCACUGACUCUGCACGGGAUAUCAUCAACUUCUUCCAUGGGUUAAACAGCAAGACUCCUGCAUUAGACAAAGACACGCUUCCUUCACAUUGGUAUAUCAUCUCUUAUAUUUAUAUGGCUGCGACUGUUCUCAUCGCGGAACAAUUAUUCUCAAUCACUGAGGGCCAUGUCGAUAAACCUCAACUCGACGUUUUACUGGAACAAGUCGAUCAGGUGCUAGCAAGCUGCGAGCCCUCCACCAAUAUUGCUCAUAAAUGUCGGGUGACCCUCAAACGGCUAAAUGAAAAAGUGAAAUCUUCGCUCAAUAUGUCUGCAGCUCGAACUGAAGGCUAUCAACCGCAAGGUUCGAGGGUCGACCUGCCGAUGGGAGAACCGCCUUUUGAGGAUUUAAAUCUAAAGCUCGGGUCCGAAGGCCUUGGCAUAGAUGCCCUUGAUGUGUACCCUUUCAGCUCGAACGACUGGCCGGUUUCAUUUGGAAAGGUAAUCAACGACGAGACAGGACAUGGAUUCUGGGCGCCCUUUUAGUCUACCUCAUGCCAUAAGGUUUCAAUUACAAGGUCGAAAGACAUGAUUUGGUACUAUAUGUAUCCUGAGAAGUGCAAGUGAAUAGUAAACCAUCAACGUAGGCUACUUCACCGAAGCUAUGUAAGAAGCUGGAAAGA